UGCUCCCGGCGAAGCAGUCUUCUUUUGUCCAUGGUAUGCGCAGGAAGCUCGCGCUCUUCAUCAAGGCCGCCAAUGGCGCCGCGGUCCCUCUCUCCCGCACGAAGCAGGUUCACGCGCGCCUCCUCUUGGCUUCCCCUUCCAUCUCCGACGACCUCCGCCUCCUUCUCCUCCGAUCCUAUGCUGCGGGCGGCGACUUCACCUCCGCGCACCACCUGCUCGAAGGAGCACCCCGUCCUGCAUCAGCGCUUCUCUACAACGCUGUCAUACGUGCCCACGCACGCCGCCUAGACCUCCCUUCCGCUCUCACGCUCUUCGCCAGCAUGCGUCGCUCCGCCACUCCGCCCGACGCAUAUACCUUCGCCUGCCUUCUCCGCGCAUGCGCCGACUGUUCUUGCCCAGGCACGGCCAAGAUCGUCCAUGGUAUUGCGUCCUCUUCCGGCAUUUCCUCCCAUCCCGUCGUCAGCAGCGCACUCGUUAGUGCGUAUUCCAAGUUCUUGCUUGUGGACAGUGCCCGCCAUGUGUUCGAUGGAUUGCAUGAGCCGGACUUGGUUCUCUGGAACUCGAUGAUGUCUGGCUAUGGGUACAUGCAAAUGUGGCUGGACGGGCUUCAGCUCUUUUCUGCAAUGCGGAGGGCCGGGCAGGAGCCAGAUGGCUACUCGAUGGUCAGCUUGGUCUCCUCCUUCUGUCAUCGAGAAGCACUUGCGUUUGGUCAGGCAGUUCACGGAGUGUGUAUCAAGGGCGGUUAUGAUUCUGGACACCAUGUGAGAAGCGCACUUGUUAGCAUGUAUUUCAGGUGUGGUUGCAUGGAAUCUGGCCAAAACUUGUUUGGUGAUUUACAGGAUGCGGAUUUGGUUACAUGGUCUUCGCUAAUUACAGGGCAAUUGCAGACUGGCAAGUAUGACGAAUCAUUUGACUUGUUUCGACAAAUGUGCUACUCUGGCAGGAGGCCUGACAGCAUCUUGGUUGCUAGUCUUCUUUCGGCAUGUGCUUCUACAGCAACCAUCAGCUGUAGCAUGGAGAUCCAUUGUUAUGCAGUCAGGCUUGGAGUUGAUAAAGACAUCAAAGUCUCAUGUUCGCUAAUUGACGCUUAUGCAAAAUGUGGCUUUGCUGAGCUCGGAUAUUUGGUGUUCCGCCAAACGGCUAAAAAGAACUCAGUCAUGUACAAUAUGGUCAUAUCAAACCUUGGUUCUCAUGGAUUUGCAAUGAAAGCCAUUGAAGUCCAUGAUGAGAUGGUUCGUGAUAAGCUCAGGCCUGACAGUGCUACCUUCUCGGCUUUACUUGCUGCUUGUUGCCAUUCAGGAUUCUUAGACGAGGGGUGGAAGCUGUUUAGGAGAAUGAGGGAUGAGUUCCACGUGGUGGUUGAAAUGGAGCAUUAUGUGUACAUGGUGAGGCUUCUUGCAACGUUUAACCAGCUGAAGGAGGCGUAUGAUCUUAUACAAACAAUGCCAAUGGCGCCAGACUGUGGCGUGUGGGGUGCAUUGCUUUGGGGGUGCUGUGUCCACCGUGAUUCCACUCUUGGUAGGGUAGUUGCUGAAAAGCUCUCUGAGUUCUAUCCAGACAAGACUGCUUACAAGAUUAUGCUUUCAAACUUGUAUGCAUCACAGGAGAUGUGGUGGGAUGCUGAGGAGGUCAGGGCCGAGAUGUUUAAAGAAGGUAUGCACAAGAACACAGGGAUAAGUUGGGUUGGUGAAGUGCGGAAAUAAUGGUUGGUGGAUAUCCAUCAUCGAAGAACAUGCAAGAUAUCAAAGUAUAUUUGAACUCUCUAUUGUUAUGAUUUGAUACAAAUGAAGUA